AUGAGAAAUAAGUUUGAUCAACUGAAACCGGAUGUACACAGACGACUCGAUGAGGAGAGUAUAAGACAAAAGCAAUGUUAUGAUCGACACCAUGUAAAAGAGAAAUCUUUCGAGAUAGGAGAGCCUGUUUGGGUCAACAACCCGUUAGCGGACGGAUCAAAACCGGGCCAGAUAGUUGAAAAAACAGCACCGUACUCUUAUAUUGUAGAUCUGGGAAAUUCUGUAAAACGAAAGCAUGCAGAUCAGAUGAGAUCUCGAGUAAAAUCCCCUCUUAAUGAUGUACCAACUACCCCAGAAAAGCCAAAGGAAAUAUUCACGGAAAUUGACGAAUCAACCAGUAUGGAAGACACAAAAUGUGACACUCCAAAGGAAAAGAUACCCCAACCUGAGAUUAUAACAGAUCGGGAGUCCGAAACGAAGCCUAGACGGAAUCCUAUACGGGAUCGACGACUUCCGGCGCGUUAUCAAGUUUAA